CGGUCUUGCUCGCCGCACUGAUCGCCGCCUCUCCAUCCCCUGUCUAUCCUUAUUUCUCAAUACCGUGUACAUUCCGUGUACCCAUAAUGUCUCGUCACAGAUUUGUACGCAAUAUCAACGUUCAAGAGGAACUCGAGGAUGACUACGCAUCGGAUGGCGGGGAGGCCGAUAUGGACCCUGAAGAAUAUGAACAAAUGAUGGAGGGGCUGGAACGUGUCAGGAUAACACUUGGAUCCCCAGAGCAGUCUGGUCUAUCAGACCAGGAGAUCAAGGAUACCUGUACUACUACCAGUAUGACGUUGUCAAAAGCGUCGACUAUCUAAUGGGUAUGUUAUGUCACACACACUCCCGUCAUUGAAUUGAGCUUAGCCGGUUUACAGAGGAGCAGGAGAGGAAGAAGGUUACUCAAGAGCGCAAAGGUGGGUUGCUCAUGCCCGAUUUGUCUCUAUUUCUUCCUUCGUCGCUUU